UGCUACCGCAAUGGAGGAGACGGUGCCCUCAGUGGAAGCCUAUGAAGCGGCCAUGGUGCUGAGCGGGGUGGGGGAUGCGCUUGGGAACCGGGGGGGCCGCUGGGAGUACUGCACCUCGGGACCCCAGAUCCAUGCUGAGCUAGCCGAGCUGGGGGGGCUGGAGGCCAUCACCCUUGAGCCCCCCGAGUGGCCCGUCAGUGAUGACACCGUCCUCCACCCCCCCGCCGAGGGCCUGGCCACAGGUUGGAGGGGGGCCGCCAUGCGUAGCCUGGCCAUUGGCCUCAGGUACCCGCACGCCUGGGAGCUGCCGACGCUGAUCCGGGUGAGCAUCGAGAGUGGGCGCAUGACCCACCACCACCCCACCGGGUACCUCGGGGCGCUGGCGGUGGCCCUCUUUGGGGCGCUGGGGGCUCGGGGGGAGCCCCCAGAGCGCUGGGGGGCCGAGCUGCUGCGAGUCCUGCCCCUCGCAUGGGACUACGUGGAGGGUGCCGGGGUGGCCGUGGGGGACAACGCUGCCGCCUGGCCCUUCUUCAGGGAUGCCUGGCACCGGUACCUGGAGUCUCGGGGGCUUCUGGAGGGUCGUGGCCCACCGCAGGUGCCAUCCCUUCCGUCACCGGCCGAGCGGGAUGCAGUGUACCUGGGCUGGGCACUGGAGGGGUGGCCAGGGCGCAGCGGCCAUGACGCACCCAUGGUGGCCCUGGAGGCCUUGCUGGCAGCCGGUGGAUGCUGGGGGGACCUGUGUGCCAGGGGGGUGCUGCAUGGUGGGGACAGCGAUUCGACGGGGACCAUCGCCGCUGGGUGCUGGGGGCUGCGGGGGGGGCUGGCACCCAUCCCCCCUGGGCUGCACUGCUGCCUUGAGCACCGUGGGCGGCUGCGCGAUGCCGCUCACCGCCUCCACGCGCCGGCCUGGGGGAG